AUGUCAAUGCUAUUAGAUAAAAAUAGAAGUAUACACAUAAAGAAUUAUAGAAAACUAGUAAUCAAUGCCCUAUUUAUCAUUGCAUUUCUAUUUAUGUUAGAAACAUAUUUAAUACAUCAAAUAUUUACUAAAUACACCGCGAAUGAUAUAGAAAGCAUUCAAAAACAUGAAUUUGUUUGUAUUAAUGGAGAAAUCAUGCAUGUAAAUCCGAAUGGCCCGCUGGGUCUGGAAGCUGUGUAUAUAUUGCAUAAGAUUGGACUUGUCGAACGGUUUAGAUUGUUUUCUCCUAUUUUAAAAGUUGUUUCGACUGCAGAUCAUAACACUAUCCCGAAAUCUGAUGUGCAAGAAGAGAAAGAGGAAGAAGAAGAUUUUAUACCCGCUUCUUUGCAUCCAACUGGGGAACCAUUGGAGUCUAUUAGAGAGCACUACAGUGUAUUUAUCCACCUGUUUUCUUUUCUAAAAAGAAAGGAAUCAAUAAAAACACAAUGCCCAGAUUCAUUCUAUGCAUUUUUGAACAGCUGUGGAGAAAGUCAGAAUAAUUAUAAAAUACUUGCUGCAUUGCUUCUUCUUACUGAGAACCUUGAUGUUCCGCUCAGUCUAGAGGUGAAUGAAACUGGGGCUUUCCUUGCUUUAAAGAGUAUGAGUGCAGAAAAUGACGUUUUCUGGGUUAAAAUAUGCACACCACCAAAAAUAGCAGAUGAGUUGCCUAAUCCUACAGAAAACUAUAAGUUGGCUAAAAGUAGUGUUCUAGAUGUUCUCAAUUUUUUUAUACAGAAUAAAAGCAAUAUUGGCCUGCUGGACCAGAUAUACCCAUCCAAUGAAAAACAACAUGAAUACAGCGUGCUAGAAAGAUUUUCAAGUACACCAGGAUUUCUAAUUCAAAUGUACAUAUACUAUUACAUAGAGGAAAAAAAUAAUAUGACUGCUUUCAUUCAAAUCGUGCACGAUCUUCUCUAUGAAUAUAGUCAAACUGUGCAAAAGAGUAUUUGCAAGAAAGAGGCAGAAGAUCCAGCACUGGCGUGCACAAUGUCUGUAGUAGAGGAAAAUAACACAUCCCAACCGAAUAAAGAAUCUUCUACAGGAACACAUGCAAAAGCAGAUAAAUCUUCUACUACACCUAUGCAUCAAACAGCACUGGCGGUGUAUGAUGCGUAUUUUAUAGAUUCAUCUAAAUAUAAUGUUUUCAAUAAUGGUGAGCCUAUUAAAAAGUAUAAUGAAAUUAUGAACAUAAAACUACUAUCCCAUAUAGAUGUUCUAAUGAACAAAUUGGCUACUAAAAAGGGGCUUAAUGAAGAAGAAAAGAAUCUUCUUAUAAAGAUAAAAGAAUUUUCAUGGAUUGUAAAGUCACAAGAUCUUCGUUCGCAUUUAUACAAAGUUUACUUAAAAUGUAUGUUAAAUAGCAAUUUAUUUUCCAGCUCAAAUGAAAUAAAAUAUAUGAAAAGCAUUACAAAAAUGCCUAAAGAACGGUUUACAGACAUGAAUAAGUUUAUUGUAAACAAACAAAUGGGGUUCUAUAAUUAUCGCCUGGCGCUGAUAAGGUACUUAACACUGUAUUCUAUACAUUUAAACUUACCCGAAUCUCAUCCCGUCAUGUGCUUUAAUUAUAAUCUGAUCCAAAAUGUACUAAUACAUGAUAUAUACAUAAUAAGGCAGUUAGUCUGUUUUUUCAGCUGUAUAAAAAGCCUUUGGGAUAUUUCAGAAUAUAUAAGCAACUGCGAAGAAAAAUGCGAUAUGGAUUUAUUUUAUUAUAAAGAAGAGCUAUAUAAAAUAAUUUUAUGCGUAGUGGAGAUAGAUUCACCGGAGAUUCUUUAUGGAAUUAUAAAAAUACAUGUGAAAGAAAUGAAAAAGCUACACAAUAUAACCAGUGUCUUGUUCUCCAUGACUUGCAGCGAACAGAUGAGAGUGAUUGCAUGCCUAACCAAGAAUGGCACUACAAUGGAAUACAUUACUUCUAUUCUUAACUAUUUAAAAGAGGACAAAGAAAGAACAAAAGAGAAGCCCAAAAAUUCAAAGAAUUUUACAUGUGAUCAACUGGAAAAAACUACAGCCAUUCUUUUUAUACUGAUUGAUUUGUCUAGAAGCAAUUCGCAAAGAUUUCGAGAUAUUAUAACACAAUGCUAUAAUUUGAUUGUAAUAGACUCAAAGUCACUAAACAGCAUAACAAUGUGGGGGGAACUGCCUCUGUAUGUUUUAAGGCAGAGAGUAUGUUUUUUUCAGGAUAUGGUGAAUAAUAUAUUGAAAAAACAGAAAAAGAUAGACAUAAAGCUUAAAAUUCUUUUGGAAAUACAUCAAAAAGCCGUAACAGAAAAAAUAGAACUCCGCAAAAAGGAGCAUAUGGAAAAUAGUUUGAGAGAAAAAAAUAAAGAUUUAAUUUCCGCUUCUUCAAAAAAGACAGAGUCUCUGAAUGAGUUUAAUAGAUGUGCAGACAAAAUACAAGAAAGGUUAAUCAAUAUUUUAAGAGAGACUUUUUUGUCUAUUAGCAAGUUUCUUUUAUAUAGGACAUUUAAUUGCCUAUACAAACUAGAUAUUGGCGACCAAGAAAUACCCGAUGAAGUAGGCAAAAUUAAAAGAAUAUAUACAUAUAUUUAUUUUUCUACAGUAGAUAGUUCUUUUGACUAUUCAAUAGAGAGCAACAUAGAAAAUGCUUGUAAAGAACUAAUACCACUAAAGCGGUUCUUAAACCUUGAUAAUUCUGAUGUGACGGAGAUAUUGAAUGAUUUGGAAAGGCUUAAAAAGGAGAAGGCCAUUAUGGAGACCAGCAAAUUAGCGGAAACAAUGCAGGCAGUCCGAAAAAUGAAUGACAUAACAAAGAUGCAUUUAAUAGAGGAAGAACUUGGCAAAAUUCUUCAAUUGACAAAGGUUUCUCGAGAUAAGAUCAAUGAAAAUAUUAAUAAUCUAAUUUUAUUGGAGUUGGAUUCAAGCAAAGAAAACGAAUUAUAUAUAAUGUCUAACGUAUCGCUUAUUUCUUCAGUGAUUGUUUAUGUAUUCAGUACAAUUGAGAAUAUAAUAGGAGGGAAUAGAAGUUAA